AUGAAUUCAGCUUUUACUGAUUUUCAUAACUUUGAGAAAAUUAAGAUAAACGCAAUCAAUUAUCUUAACGUCCUCAGCCACAAUCCACCAUCUCUUGAAAUGAUAGCAGAUUUUCAUCCUGAUUUGAUACAACUUCCACAGACACUCAGAAAAACUCAUGAUAAGCCUAAAAAACAAAAGCUUGGUAUCAAGCUUGGAAAAAAUCUCAGUUUUCUUGCCGUUAUUGUUCAACUUAUUACAUUUCGACCAUUAAUGCACAAACUAUUUGACGAAUUAUUCUCUAAUCCCAAUGAGCAACAGUUAAUAUACAAAGAAAUAUUAUCGCUCACAAAUCGGAACUUUUCGGAAAAUGCAGAUGUUACUUAUCUGUAUCACCUGUACUCGAAACGGCAAAAGAUACAUCAAGCUGAUCCAAUUGAUGCUUUCAAACAAUUACAAGAAUCGCUUGCAUGUGAAGCUAGGCAACUAGAUCUUAUUGAUUAUUUCAAAAAAUUCUGCUGGGGAUUUACAGAUAAAAUUGACAUUCCUCUUGUUAAUAAUAACGAACUUCAAGUUACUCCUACUUUUUCAGAUUAUCUUUUUAUUGAUGUUGCUGGUUUUACGUUUCCAUUGGAUGAUUACACAUGGAAUAACAAUCCAGCUGUAAAAUCCAAACUAGUAGCCAUAAUAACUUAUCACAGUCGACAAUAUAAUAUUAUUAUUUUGGACGAAAACAUCAAUUCAUGGAUUCUCUUUUGUAAUACCAAAAUAUCUUACAUUCGUGAUGAGGAAUUGGCGAAUAAUUUAAACAAAGGCGCAUAUAAUACACCGAAAUAUUUGAUUUUCGAAAAAAUUUAG